CUUUUUAUGCUGAGAAAACACUGUGUAAGCAGGGAACCAACCGGGACCGGCCCCCACCAUGGAUGAUACCAGCCACGGCCGGAACACCGUCGUCGGCGCUUCCUGCCUGGCCAGCACUGAUGUUGAGCGAUCAAGAAAAAACCCCAGAGAAAGCAGAGUAGAUCGAAUCAGCGAGUUGCCAGACUUGGUCCUCGUCCACAUUCUCUCGUUUCUGCCGAUGGACUCCGCCAUCCGAACCGGAGUCUUAUCAAAAAGGUUUGCGUACAAAUGGGCUUCAACCCCAAACCUCGUCUUCGAUCAGGACUCAGAGUGGGAGAUCGACGAUUUCAUCACUUUCGUCAACAGAGCCCUUCUUCUCCACGACCCCAAUUGCAAGGUUCAGAAAUUUACCAUCUACAUGGACUGUAUGGACCAAGUUAUUGAAAAUAGCUUACAAGAAGAUUGUGUUACAUUGUGGCUUCGUUUUGCGACGAGGAAGGGCGUGGAAGAGCUAAAUUUAGGGUUCAAUGAUGAUGAGGAUCCCCUCCAUCUGUGGGAGUCUAGAUAUGAUUCUUAUCGUUACUUGUUGCCUCAGUUCAUAUUUCGUCAUUCUUCCUUCAGGAAAUUGGCUACGAGGUUUUGCAAUUUCGUGACUUAUGGGGUGGUUUCGUGGGCUUGGCUCAAGAGUUUAUCAAUUGGGUAUGCUGAGUUGAAUGAGGAAACGAUUCGGAACAUUUUGAUGGGCAGUCCGGCUCUGGAGUGCUUGGAAUUCCACCGAUGUCACGGCUUUGCUCGGAUUAAUAUUUGUUCUGAGAGUCUGAAGAAACUGUCCAUCCUCGAACCUUGGGCUCCUAAUGAUGCAGAAGGCGAAACUGUGUUGGAAGUCUCGGCUCCUAAUAUCCGGUCACUUGAACUUUCAGGCAAUUGGGAAAAAAUGUGUCGGUUACUGGACAUGUCGUCUUUGGUUAAUGCUAAGCUUGAUAUUCAGAUGAUGCAUCAGGAUAGAAAUUUUCAGUAUUUCAGUGAGGACUACAGUAACAUGCUGAGAGAGAUUCUUAAACAACUUAGUCAUGUUGAAAACCUUACUGUAGGGACUUGGUGCCUUGAGGUUUUGUCAGUAUCGGAAAUGAAAUCUAUGCCUUCUCCGUUGUCAAAGCACCGAUAUUUAAUCCUAAACACUUUGCCCAAAAAAUGGGACCUCCCUGGGAUUGCAAGCCUGCUAAAAAGUUCACCUGAUUUGGAGAAAUUGCAUAUAGACGUGAACCCCCUAAACGUAUUAAAGUUUUGGGAGCAUCAAGUCUUUAACAACUAUUACAAAUAUGGAGACGAUCAUGGAGAGAGCUUCUGGGAAUCAGAAGAAAAGAGUUUCAAGUGUUUGCUGCAGAAUCUCAAGAUUAUCAAGAUCGUUGGCUUCGACCCUGGCCAUUGUGACAUUCAAUUUGCAAUUGCAUUUAUAGAGUUUCUGCUUAAGAACGCACAGGUGCUUGAGAAGAUGGUUAUCAAUGUGCGCAAGGUUAAAAGGCAGACGUCCUAUGCUGCACAGGAACUCCCAGUGGUUCAAAAAUUGUUAAGCUUCACAAGAGCGUCUCCACGAGCAGCAGUUUUGUUCUCCAAGUGAGACUGAGAAUAGUUCAGGCCUUGUAGGUAAGUCACAAUAGUUUUACUUUGUUUUUUGUUUUGUUUUGUUUGGGUUAGUCAACAAAAUUUCUAUGUUAUAUGAUGUAAUUUAUGUCCAGAGUAGUAAUCCCAUGAAAGGAACUUGUUUUCUCUUGAAAAUGGUGUAAAGUUGAAGUUGAAAAGAUGCUGCACAAACCAUUUGUGAGAAGAUUGGAGCGAUUAUGUUGGGUAAAAAUUUUGAGCAUUUGUUA